GGAACUUUUAAGGAAUCAAAGGUUAUUUUGUAAGGCUAAAAGCAAAAAAGACUUUGAAGUUUCUCUUUACUGACAAGAACUUCAACAGUAUUCAAUGCGAUUUCGCAUAUAAAUCUUUUCUUCAUUGGAGUAAGCUGUGUACAUUGAUACUUUUCCUUCAUAAUGUUGUCUAGAGCUAUUGGGAGGUCGUUGCAAACACCGGCUCUAAGAAAUACUUCGACGAAUUUCCGGAUAGCCUCGUCGACAUCAUGGACUCGGUCGAUGGCGAGUAAUAAUCGCCAACCUAAAAAACCUACAGGAUACAAUAGAUCUUCGGGUACGCCAAAACCAUCUGCUCCAGGUGGGGCACAAGCUGCUUUCACUUCACAAAAGCCAGGACAGAGUGGUGAUAAAUCUGGUAAUCCAGACUUUUCCAAGGCCCAAGAUGAAGUGAGCAAGGAUGCUUCACCGCAAAGGAAUACUGUGCCGGAGUCAGUGGGCGGAGGUGCUGGCGUACCAAACCCAGAUGCCAGAAAAGGCGAAAGUUCAGAGUUCUCUGGUAAACAAGAUGAAUUCGAGACAAUCGCCGUCGACCCCGCACAAGCAGAAACCGAAAACAAACCUCUACCAGAUCUCACCCAAGGAAUUCCUUCGACAUUGGAUUUCGAAUUGGCAAAUAGAAAAUCGAAGACUUCGCCAUUAAAUCUUACAGAAGCGGCAGAUCCUGAAGAGAUUCCUGGCGCUGGGGGCAAGGGUCGCGGGGAAUUGCCAGCAUCCGCGUAUGUUUCUUCCUCGGAAAGGAAGCGAAAUCAGAUGGCCAACUACAUGUAUCUUGCCUUUUUCGUAUCUGCGAUCACCGGUACGGUAUACUUGGGUCGAAAUUGGGAGACCGAGGAAGAAGAAAAACUACACGCGGAAACUGCUCCAUCUGGCUGGUCACUUAGUGGCAUGUGGAAUCGUGUAAGAGCUCGAACUGGAGACCAAAUUGGUCAUUACACAGAGCCAGCUUUUACAAAAUUAUUACCUGAUCCAACUCCUAUGUUUGAGCGCCCUUACACAUUAGUUUUAAGUAUGGAGGAUCUUUUAAUUCAUAGUGAAUGGACUAGAGAACAUGGUUGGCGAUUGGCGAAACGACCUGGUGUUGAUUAUUUCUUGAGAUAUUUAAGUCAAUAUUAUGAAUUGGUUAUCUUUACCACUCAACCAUCCACUUUAGCAGAGCCAGUUAUUCGAAAAUUCGAUCCAUAUCAUAUCAUCACAUGGCCACUUUUCAGAGAGGCAACACUUUAUGAGAAUGGAGAAUAUAUCAAGGUAAGAAUUUCGGAUCACAUUUUUGUUGUUUUACUAAUUCGUAUUAGGACCUUUCAUACCUCAACCGUGACCUCUCGAAAGUCAUUUUAAUCGAUACCAAACCACACCACGCCAAGAAACAACCAGAAAACGCAAUAAUUCUUAAGCCAUGGAAAGGCGAUGUGAAAGAUAAAGAACUUGUCUCUUUGAUUCCAUUCCUUGAAUACAUCCCUACUAUGCAAUACGCAGAUGUACGCAAAGCCAUUAAAUCAUUUGAGGGCACACAUAUCCCUACUGAAUUUGCCAAACGUGAAGCAAUAGCAAGAAAGAAGUUCCAAGAACAACUUGCAGAAGAACGAAAGAAGCAUGGAAAGAGAGGUGGCGGUGUUGGAUUGUUAGGAAGUGCAUUGGGUAUUAAGCCUGGUGGAAUGAUGGUGACAGAUCCUAAUGAACAGAGUCUAGCGGAUGCGCUUGCCCAGGGAAAGAUGUUACAAGAUUUAGCGAGAGAAAGAGGGCAGAAGAACUAUGAGGCAUUUGAAAAGGAAAUUCGAGAAAAUGGAGCAAAGUGGUUGAAGGAAGAGGCCGAGAUGGAGGAAAAAGCCAAGGAAGAAGGAUUAAAAGCUAUGAAGAGUGGAAUGACAGGAGGUUGGUGGGGAGGUGCUUCGUCUUAAUGGUUGAUGAGUUAGAGAGUCGAAAGGACGUGACGAGUGUAUAUUUUUCAUGUAUGAUGAAUCAGGCGUCGAUAGGAAUGAAGCACAGGCGGCCCUCAAAUCUCACCUCUGCAAACGCGGCCGAGAUUAGUUCGUGGUAUAUCGAUCAUGUUAAUGAUGGAUGGGGAUCAUGCGAUCUAGUAUUCGCGAUCACAACUCGAUUGUUAUAAUGCAUUUUUAGGUAGCGUAGCAUGGAACGAAAUCUGUAUUUGUAUU